AUGAAUCUAUCUAAGCUCAAUGUCAAAUUACGUAUUGCGGUGGUCCAACUCAAUCCUCAGAUUGGGUGUCUUGACGAAACCAUUUCCCGUGCAAAGCAUCUGAUUUCCAUCAUCAAGCCACAUCCUCCAGAUAUUGUUGUUUUCCCAGAAUUUGCGCUGUCAGGCUACUCCUUCCAUUCUUCAAAGCACAUCGAGCCUUACCUGUACCAGGUAACUGAGGGGCCCGCUUACGAGUUGUCUCGUCACAUUUCGAAACAAUUGAAAUGCUACACGAUUAUGGGCUACCCAGAGAAAGUUGUGUCUCCUAAUGACCGCUCAAUCAAUGAUAAAUGCUUCAACUCGGCUAUUGUUGUCGAUUCCUCGGGCGAAAUAGCAUUCAAUUACCGCAAAUCUUUCCUAUAUCAUACAGACGAGAACUGGCAAUGCUUGGAGAAUCCUGCUGGUUUCCAAACUUUUGAGCUUCCCUUUAAGAAAAAGGGCCGGGACCUUCAGACGGGCGAAAUGCACGAUGUAAAACUGAAGACUUCAAUUGGCAUUUGCAUGGAUCUCAGUCCUUACAAGUUUGAGGCUCCCUUCCACGACAUGGAAUUUUCGAGUUUCCAAGUUGAGAAUGAUUCGGAACUCAUCGUGUGUCCAAUGGCCUGGUUACACUCCUCUUCAGUCACAAAUCAGGACGAAGACUCAAAGCAGAAGAAAGAAAGACUUACAAAGGCUCUAAAAGAACAAGGUCUCCCGUCUUGCGGAUCCCAAGGAAAAUACCAAAUCGAUAUCGAAGGCGCAGAUACGGCCACAGAGAUUCCGGCAUGUAAGCCCUUGGAGAGCGAGCAAGACCACAGGCUUCAAAUGAGAGACACUAACUACGAAGAACUUGAUCAACCUGAUGUUUCCAACGUAAAUUACUGGCUCCUACGUUUUUUGCCUUUCUUAGCAUGCAAAUUACGAAAGUCGUGGUUCAGUGAGCGUCUGUUGGUUCCUGUCAUCCAAAAAUUUAAAAGUGGCAGAACGUCUUACUUGGGAGCUAGUACCGAUAAGUCCUGGUUGUUCGAAAAAAAGGAAGCGAUCUUAGUUUUAGCCAACCGGUGUGGUGUGGAAGACGGUAUUACCGCUUUUGCUGGAAGCUCAGGAAUUUAUAAAUUUAAUGGGAAAUAUGGAGACCAAGAGGAAUCUCUUGAUUUGUCAAACAAAAGUGUCUCACUAUUGGGGAAUUUAAGCAAAGGUUACGAAGGUGUACUUGUGCGAAAUGUCGAUUUUCAAGUACGGCGCCCAAAACCACAAUUUAUGAAGUGA